AUGUAUCGUUUAAGCAUCGGAGUGUUAUUUGUAAUUAUAACAACGUGUUUUUGCGAUGUGGAUUUCAGUGACAGAGCGAGAAAUUUCAGCAUUGAGCUGAUCCAUUUUACUCAGCUAGAAACUAAUGGACAUGUUGUCAUUUCACCGUUCGGAAUCUGGACUCUUAUGACUGGUGUUGCACUAGGAGCUACAAGAGAUAGCUACAAACAACUAAUCCGAGCUUUCAUACUACCAAGAAAUAAAAAUGAAUUAAUAGAAGGAUAUAAGAAGCUGACCAAUACAGUGUUGACCUCAAAAACUAAAGGAGUUUCAUUGACUAGUAAGAAUUAUGUGUUUUUGGACAAUGAUUUUAUGGUGUAUCCUCAGUUUAGACAUAUGGUUCAAGAAGAUUUCGGUGCCAUUGUUAAGGUUUUAGAUUUCGACAAUCCAAACGCAGCCGCUAAGAAAGCAAAUAGUUAUAUAAAGAAAAUUGGAAGUGGAGUAGUGGCUAAUGUUCUAAAAUCUGAAGAUUUUGCUGAAUCCAGGAUGUUGAUAACCAACGUCAUAUCUUUCAAAGGAUUAUGGAGCUCACCGUUCAAUAAAUCUGAAACAAGAAGAAAGCCUUUCUACAACGAAGACAUGGAAAAGAUAGGAGAAGUGAAUAUGAUGUACCAAGUGGCUCCAUUCCCAAUUUCAAACUAUCCUGAUAUAAAAGCUUACAUAUUAGAAUUACCUUACGGAAAUGAUAACAAGUAUUCCAUGUUGGUCAUCCUUCCACACAUACAUGUAAAGCUAGCAGAUGUAUAUCAAAACUUCGCCAAAGUAACGUUAAAAGAUUUACAACAAAAACUCCUAGAUGAUAUUGAAAUAUGGGAUUUAACAGACGUAGAAGUUCAAUUACCAAGAUUUAAGAUAAGUACAAACGUAGUUUUGAACAAACCGUUGAAUAAUAUGGGUGUUUUUGACAUUUUUGAGCCUGAUUUAGCUUCUUUUGAAAAGGUGACUAGUGAAGACAUAUUUGUGUCAGCUGUUAUACACAAAGCAGAUAUAGAAGUAACAGAAUCUGGGACGGUAGCAUCAGGAUCUACUACAGCUAGUUUUUCAGAUAGGACUUUGACACCUGAAUUUACUGCUAAUAGACCUUUUUUGUACUUUAUUAUAGAAAGAACUACAACAACUGUAAUCUUUGGUGGAAUUUAUUCUCAGCCUAUUGUUUACUAA